UCAGUGGGUCAGACUUUUUUCUCACACAGCUACUCUGCAUGUUAGAGAGGGAAGUCGCAUGCACAGGAAGCCUUUGAACGCAUGGAGAGAGAGAGUAGAAAAAUAAAAGGCAACGCCUGCUGCCAGUAAAGUGAGUGUACGACCUUCUCAUGAGUGCACACAGCUAGCAAGUUCCUUUCUUAACUGAGUGGAUUGUGUCAGACAGCUGUCUAUCAGUCAACUGGAAGGGCAGUAUGUCACGACGGGACCAGAGGUUUCGGAGAGGAAUGAAAGGACGGUGUUGUGAAUGUGGCUGCAUCCUGUCUCACUGGUACUAUGAAAGAGAGGGACAGCUCUACUGCAAGAAGCACUACUGGUCCCGCUAUGGAGAACACUGCCACGGCUGCAAGGACACCAUCACAACAGGACUCAUUAUGGUAGCUGGAGACCAAAAGUAUCACCCUGAAUGCUUCACUUGCAUGAGCUGUGAAAUGGUCAUUGGAGAUGGAGACUCGUACACACUCAUUGAACGCUCCAAACUCUACUGUGGCCACUGUUUCUGUCAGGGUGUAUCAACUGUGAGGUCAACUUCACUCACCAAGAGUUCACACAUGGUGGCGCUGGUGUCUCUCCCUCCCCAUGCAGUUGGUCAACGAGGCCUGACUGUCGCCACUGACUUCAACCAAGACAAAAGCCCUCGAGUCACUGUGACAGAGUUAGACUCCGCUGUUCUCAGUGAUGACCUGCUGUCCUCUGUUCACACGGGUGAUCAAGUACUGGAGGUUAACGGCAUCCCAGUCCGCAAUAUCUCCCCAGACGAGAUAAACCAUGUGAUCCAGGACACCAGCAGACCCCUGCAGCUGACUAUUGAACACAACCCACAGUCUCCUCAUGACCUUCACUCAGGCACCUCCCCAGAUAACAUCACAGACCACGACUCCUGUGUCCCCGAAAAACUUUCUUCUGCCAGGAAACUCCCCAGCUUGGAGGAAGAGCCAAGUCCACGGGAGGAGACAGAUGGACAAAUCCGGAUGAGCCUCUCACCACCACAGAACCAAGGAGUCAUGGGAAUGCGAUCCAGACACAUUCUGCGCAGCUGUAGCAUAGAUAAGUGUCCCCUGUCUCCUCGAGCGCUGUCGCUUUUAUCUCAAAGGAGAGACAUGGUUCGCUCAGAGUCGCUUCGUGUGGACCCUGGAGAUCGGACCCAUCGCAUCUUCAGACCUUCAGAUCUCAUCCAUGGAGAAGUACUUGGCAAGGGCUGCUUUGGACAGGCUGUCAAGGUAACACAUCAGGAGACAGGAGAGGUGAUGGUGAUGAAAGAGUUGAUAAGGUCUGAUGAAGAGACACAGAAGACUUUCUUAAAGGAGGUGAAGGUGAUGCGCUGCCUUGACCAUCCCAAUGUUCUCAAGUUCAUUGGACUGUUUUAUAAAGAUAAACGGAUACAUUUUGUCUCUGAGUACAUUCAGGGAGGAACUCUCCGAGAGACUAUCGAAAAAAUGGACAAGGAUUUUCCCUGGAAUAUAAGAGUUGGUUAUGCCAAAGACAUUGCAGCUGGAAUGGCAUAUCUACACUCUAUGAAUGUUAUCCAUCGAGAUCUCAACUCACACAACUGCCUGGUCAGAGAGAACCAGUCUGUGGUCGUGGCAGAUUUUGGACUAGCCAGGUUGGUGAUGGAGGAGAGGAAUCAGAACAGAACAUCUUCUUUGGAGCGGCCUGCGAAGGGAGCACUGUCAGAGUUCCGCAGGCUUGAUCGAAGAAAGCGGUAUACUGUGGUGGGAAACCCCUACUGGAUGGCUCCUGAGAUGAUCCAUGGGAAGACCUAUGAUGAACGGGUGGACAUCUUUUCCUUUGGUAUCAUGAUAUGCGAGAUAAUAGGCAGAGUGAGUGCCGACCCUGACUACCUUCCCCGGACAAAUGACUUUGGGCUAAAUGUGGCUGGCUUCCUGCAGCAGUACCACCCACCACAGUGCCCCUCUGCCUUCCUGCCACUGGCUGUCUUCUGCUGUGACAUGGACGCAGAUAAACGUCCUACUUUUUCAAAGAUGGAGGAGUGGCUGGACAACCUGCUGAUGAACCUGGACAUCGGUCUGCCUCUGCUUUCUGAGUUAGAGCAGCUCUGUAGAGCCUUCUGGCAGAAUAACAACCACCAAAGUCACACUCACAACCAGGACAAAACCUUCAUUUCUCAAGAACAAAUCCAGCCUUCACAGCCGCAAAGACAGAGCCUUAAUCCCAGGCAACGGUCAGACAAUGAAAAUAACCACAUAGAACCUAUCCACGUCGACCAGAGCCAAGAGCAAAAUAGCACACCUGAAAGCCAUUCAAACGGGGAGCAGCAUACGCAUGACGACCAUUGCAAGAAUGGCUCUGAAACCUAUGAACACAAUAAUUCCACAGGACAACUAAAAGCUCAGCAUGAACCAUCACAAUCACUGCAGGCCAGGAACUGGCUGCUCAGCCAGUCAAACAGGCCAAGAACGAUAUGCAGCGCGAUGUGGGACGGAUCUACAGAGGACAGCUCGUUUCUCUGACUGCUUAGGCUGAUGACUAAGACAGAACAUAUCUACAGAGCCCAGGGAUUACAGACAUGCUAUGAAGACGUGUGUGCCUUUUGAAAUGAAACAACUGGGAGACAAAUGAAAGAGUCAAAGUUGUUUGUGGAGGACUAAGGCAUGGAAAACCUGUGGGGGCACGAAAUGAAUCAGUAAAGAUUCAUAUGGGAUGUUUUGCAUGAGAAGCAGCAAAGAUUUGUAUGCAGCUUGAAAACAAUUGCCUAGCAAAUGACACUGGCACCAUAUUGCUCUGUGAACCAGUAUUUGUCUGGUUGUAGCUAGAGCCCGACUGAUGCUGGAUGUCAAUGAUAACCAUGUUGACACUUUGGGAGUUUUUUUAUUCCCUUUACGUUGGCCAGAGUACACACACACAUACACACUCAAACACACACAUGUAUUAACAUAAACAGAUAACAAAAACACCUAUUUCUGAUUCAUUUUUGUAGAUCCUCAAUUCCCCUAAAGUGGUGGACAGACUAUGUAAUGGCAAAACUGUUUAUAAAUUAACUCAAAUAUAACUUUGGCAAUUCUGUACUACCAUUUCUCUUUACUAAUCGACCAACGUUAGGACAUAACUGUAUGUGUCACAAGCUAAAACUGGCUAACCAGUACAUCACUUGGGCUCUCGUUUCAACUUUGUCCAGAAGCUGUGAAACACAUGUCACUUUAUACUUUAAGCUGUAUUGCAUUAUUUAUCAGAAUGCUUUAUAUGUUUUCUCUUGACAGAUGUCAAGCCACAUUCAACACACUGAGCUGUGAACAUUAAGAAAAAUAAAUAAAUACUCCUGCUACUAAACUGUAGAUAACACAAUAAAGCGACAUGUAAAUGAGUCUACGCUUAAAUUGCUACUUAGAAUAAAAAUAAUGAUCAAAUGCA